GACACAAGAUCUGAUAUUCAAACGGAGCAUCUCAUUGGCUUUCGAUGAAACUUAUCAGUAAACCUCUCUUGGCUCUUCAUCUGAGUUCAAAAUUUCUUCGAAAAUCUCAAUUAAAAUCCUCGAAGAUUGGCCAGGAGGAUUCGAUUUGAUCAGAGAGAGCGGAGAUAUAGUCUUUCUGACACAUAAUUCUUCUGGUAGCUCUGUGGGAAGGGUUUUCGAGAAUGCCAUGUGACGUCACAAUGCAAUUAGCGUGAUGUCAAGUGUCAACAAAAGAGAUGGAAGAGUCUCCAUUGAUUGAUUCUACAAAGCGGAACCGCCAUCCACAUGCAGUAGUGCAGUUCACGGUACAAACUCCUACCUUUGGUUGCUCGUAUUCCUUUUAGCCAAAAAUAAGACUCCCAAAACCCAAUUGUUGAGCGUGGAGACAUUUAUUUCAAGAUCGGAGAAGAAGAUUAAAGGAGUUUAGACGGGAAAACUUUGUUCAAAUUCUCUUUGAAGCUCUGCCUUGAACAUACAGCGAGGACAACGAAUAUAAAAGUAUGGCGAGCACAGCCCCAACACCUUCUACAUCUUUAGAUCAUCAAAUCUUGUCAUGUAAUGCAUAUUCUAAGAAUGAGGUUAAAUAUGGUUAUAGCCCAACAGUCAUAGACUUGACAGCAGAAACACCCCCUCCUCCUACCAUGGCUCACCAACCCCUUCGUCACAUGCCGCACCAUCAACAUCCUCAUUCAUCAGCAUUUCAUCGUGUCACUGGGCAACCAUAUGACAGCCAUGGGCCUGUACGAGGAUGUCCAUAUCUGCAUGCACAGACAUCAAGAGAACCACACCACCAUUCACAUUACAGAUCAAUCCACCGUGUCUCGAAUCCGUCAUACUGUCCAUCAAUGUCAUCAACGGUGCCUCUACAGCACCCUCCAGCACCUGCAACACCUCUUAUACUUGAUUCUGAUCAAAUACCUAACCAUGUUCGAACAGUCCCUAUUACGAGUUUUCCAAAUAGAUUGAUAGUUAAUAGUGUGCCGAUGGCCACGCCUACUUAUGUGCAGCCCCAACCAAGUGAGAAUCCAGAUUUGGAUGUUAACGCCAGCAACCAUCAACACUAUCAUCAUCAUUACCACCACCACCACCACCAUCACCAUCAUUUCGUCCAACCUCCGUAUCAAGUUCCACAGGCAGCCCAACCUCAGCCUUACCAUCCUCAUCCUUUCCCUUCAUCUCAGAUGCAUCAUAGACAUUAUCGAAGAUGGCAGAGCAAUCCUGAAUGGUCACAAUCAAUGAACCACCAUCAACAGCCGCCUACAGUACACUCUGCUAGAGUCCAGACGUACCCAGAUUUAUUAUACCAUCUAUUGUCUGUCAUGUCAAUGCAGCCUGUGCCGACAACACACCCAACGCCGCAGCCUGCAGUAUGGGAGGAGGCUUACCAACAGGAGAAUUAUGAGACUUUGUUGAAUCUUGCUGAACAAAUUGGAGAAGCAAAACCCAAAGGCUUAACAAGAGCAGAAAUAGACCAAUUACAAACAUUCCGUGUUACAGCGGAAUCAAAGAAGCAAAGUGAUGAUGGACGAUGUGUUGUGUGCUUGGCGGAUUUUGAUGAGAAACAGCUUAUAAGAAAACUGCCCUGUUCUCAUGACUACCAUACGAGAUGUAUCGAUAAAUGGCUAAAAUCAAACAGAACUUGUCCAAUCUGUCGUACCGAAGUCAAAGUUGGUGUCAAACAAACUGGUAAAUAAGAGAUGGAAUUACUGAAGGAAGAGCAAAGAUCAAAACAGGAGAUAUAAACAGAUAGGUGUUUGAGCCAAGAUAAUGGAAUCUAAAACAGUCGUAUUAAACACACCUUGUCAUUAAUAUUGCAAAUUUAAAGCUCUUGCAAUAAUUGGUUGUAAAUGUCUGAGGAAAUUGUGGAUUGACCACCUCACGUUUCUUAAAUCAGAAAAGUAACACUCGUUAUAACUCUAAAAGGAAAUGGAACCUUUAGGUUGAUCAAUUCUUUAUUUAACGGCAUAUUGUCCAGGUAAACAUAAGGUCCAAAAACCCAACAUUAAUCAAAUCAGAAAUGAUUUACCAUUGAAUAUGAGGGAGAUUGAUGAUUAUCAACUGUCUCAUUGUAAAUAAUAUGUAAAGUUUUUGUCAUAAAAUUGUCGUCAUACAUUUAAAGGUUUUUUAAUGUACAUCUAACAAAAAACUACAUUAAUGAUUAUAGAAUCUUGAAAUCAACAGUAAAAGUAAAUAUAAUCGAAUAAACAAAUAUGAAACGUUAUUUCUAUGGGCAUCGAGUAUGUACAUAAUGUUUACGUUGUACUAAACCUUACAAAAGAAUGUUAUAGGAUAUUUUUAUGGGAAUCAAAUAAUUAUUCUUUCUGCAUUUUGAGUGAUUUUUGCUUCACCGGUAGCUGUAUAUGAUAGUAAGUUUACUUUGCACAUGAAAUUAACCAAUAUACCCUUUUCGAGUUCCAAAUUACCGCUGUGUUUCUUGAUUACAGACUCAUUUACUCAGGUUUAGCCUCAAUUUUGUGAAGAAUAUUCACGUUUUCUAGUCAAGGUCCGUCAAGUUCCAAAGUGUUUGUAUUGUUGAAGUUGUGCAUUCUUUACUUUACCGUUGGUAUUUGCAAGUAAUUAGACACUGAUUCGAAGCCUGAGUAAAUGAGUCUGUAAUCGAGAAAGACAGCAGUAUUUUGGAACCCGAAACUGGACUAUUCUUACUAACCAUUCAAAUGGUUCUUAGAAUGUUUUUAGUCAAGCCAUGGGACAUAAGUGACUAACAGUCAAAGUAAAACAAAAUAAAACAAUGGAAUUAGCAUCUACUAGUAAUGUAGUAUGCUUACUCUUUUUUCAUAGGCCAAGUAAAAUCACUCCAAUCUAGACAUUAAUAGAAACAAAUUCUAUUGUUUUCAUUUGACAGUGACUAAAUUUAUUCAUAGAAGACAUAAAUUUGAUCUAAAUCGAUUCCAAUCUGAUUUUCUCCCAGCAGUUUUCAAUUGAAAUUUGUUUUACGCUUCCAAUAAUGAGUCAUUAAAGACUUUGCCCGAUCUUGUGAUGGCAGCCAUGAACAGAGCCACAACGGUAGCUUAGAAUAGAGCAGAUUCAAUUGUUCCUGCCUUCUGUCAUGGUUACGAUCAURAUGGAGCCAAUCUUAUAACUAGUCUUGUAUUGAUGGCAACUUGCAAUACUAAAAAUUUUCAGAAGUUUUACAAAUUUCUUUCCCUGCUAGCAGAGCCUGUUUUCCUUUUGUUUCGGUGGAGUGAGAAAAAUAGACUGCCGAUGUAGGACGUUAUACUUGUCAAGCCUGUGUGGUGUAACUUAGCAACGCUGUCAUGAUUUUGACAGCCGCUCGUCAAACAACGUUUGGCGCCAGGGUGUGUUACAUUUGCUCAUGCGUACUACAUGUGCCUGGUUAAAAACCAGUUUUAAAACUGGUUUUGUUCAUCCACGAUUGUGGACGGCAGUGUAUUGUUAAAGGAAAGGCUCUACAUUGGCAGAGUCUCCCUCCUCCCCGCCUAAAAGAAGGGAGAUAAAGAGGAGAGAGACUGCUAGCAGGGAACAAAUUUCUGUACAAUUAUCAACAAAGCAUAGUUCUACGAGUGAAGUAAAAAAUUAUAUUUAGACUCAACCAUCAAGUGACAAGUAAAAUGGACAUUUUGCUAAUGCAAUAUUAUCCUAAUAUAAAUUUAUUUUAUUGGAAUGAACUUAAAAGAAUUCCAAGUUUAGAACAAAAUUUCCAGGAAUUUCUUUGGUAGGGAGAAAUAUAUAUUCCAAUGUUUAAUAACAAUUAUUGUAUCUUUACAGCUACUAUUCGAUAAAAUAAAAUUUAUUCUUCA